CUGGGGAGACCUAACACCACCUAAGUUACCCGAACCUUCUAAGCUACCAGAACUAGAAGAAGGGUUAGAGGAGAGAGCCAAGCCAUAUAAAGAAAUUACAACUGAGUUAGAUUUCAAUGAAUAUUAUCUGCACAUUUUAGCUUAUGGGAGUACAUGUUGGCUAAUAGAAGGUCAGCUAGCAGGUCAAAAAUGCACAAAAACUUUUUAUUAUAAUUCUGUGGAAUAUUACACUCACUAUGACAUACAAAUGGCAAUAGAUCUAGGUCUUCAUAUAGAAUUAUCCUCUGAAAGUCCUAAUGCUUUAAUAUUUGAGCCAAAUCAGCUUAUGUAUAGAGAUGAAAUUUUCUAUCAAUAG